UUAUCCAGGGAUAGCCAUUUUGUUGUUAUGAGAGCUACAGGAAUUUAGCCUUGUUAUGAUUCGUCUUCUAUUUUUUUAAGCGUCGGAAACAUACUGUUUCUACUUGAAUCCCACUCAGUGUAUUUGGAAAAUGGAUUAUUAAAACUCGUGUAUAUAAUGAUAAACCCUUUUUUAUACAGAUUUGAUCCUGGGACUGAUCUCCUGGUGGAGUGGAAGGAUGGCACCCAAAAUGUAGUGAAACUAAAAGACGUCAAGCUGUUGAGCAAAAAGCUACGGAAGGGGAGUAGAGUAAAAAUGCAGUGGGGACGGCAGACAUGGGAGGGAGAGGUGAUUGAUGUCGAAGACUGCUCUGAUGAUCUGCAGGACAGUGAUUCCGAUUCGGACGUUCCUCUUGCUAAACUUAGAGCAAACAACACAAAAAGAACCCAAGAUACAGAUGACUCAACACACAAGCCUGCAAGGUGUGACGACUUCAUGUGCGGGGAAGAGGUCUGGGCAGCCUGUACUUAGUGUUUCUGUUUGCUUUGUUACGACCAUUUUUUGUUAAACAGUACUUGUAAAACACAAUCUUUUUCAUGAUUUGUUAAAUCCCAAUUCAUCUACUCCGUUGAUAGACUUGCUUUCAUCUAGUGGAAGUGCCCCAGUGUCGCAUGGACACGACCA